AUGGGCAAGAUGAAACAGCUCAGAGAUACUUUAGACAGGUUCAAGACCAAAAUUUGCGCACUACAAGAAACAAUAUUCCCAGCUGAAGACCAUUUCAACCCAGGGAACUACAGAAUGUACAAGGGGAAACCAUUGGUACACAGGAAGGAUCUCAGGGUCUGUGGCACAGGAUUCGCAGUACACAGGACGAUCUCAGAUGCAGUAAUGGACUUCACAUUGCCUAACAAAAGAUUGAGCACACUGACAAUUAAGUCGGCAUACAGGGCAUACACGGUCGUAAACGCACACGCACAAACAAAUGACCACAACAGGAAAGACCUAGACGCCACCGAAGACUUUUGGACAGUAAUGGAGGAGACAAUAAAGAAUACACCUAAACACCGACCAAAACUUAUUCUAGGAGACUUCAAAGCAAAUUUAGGAAAAGAACAAAAAUAUAGACACAUUGCACAACACCGUGACACAAACCUAAACGGGAAUCACCUUAUAGAAUUCUGCCAGACCCAUGACCUCAAAGUCAUGUCAACGAACUUCAAGGAACCCACACAAAAAUUAACCACAGGGAAACUGCAAAAUGGCAAGAGAGAAUUGCAGAUCGACCACGUCAUAAUACAAAGAGAACCACACAGGGAAAUCCCGAACAUCGACACACGAAAGUGCUUCUUUCACUGGGCUCACCACCUACUAAAGAUAAAGACAGGCCUAAUCCCAAAGGAAACUAAGAUCUUUAGACCAGACCCAGAAUAUCUAAACACUCAACCAAGAGAAAAUACUGGAGGAAAUUGUGACAGAAAUAACGCAAAACUGGGAACAGCUCUCAGGGAAGCUUGA